AACUGGUCCUCCUUUAAGCUUUCUUUCUUCCUUUGACUUCAGCUCUUGGAUACCCCUCGAUUAAGUUCCUAGUUCACAUUUCACCGUCAAUAUGACUUCUGUCACACUCAAGACGCCGCAUUCCGGCGAGUACGAGCAGCCUACCGGCCUUUUCAUCAACAACGAGUGGGUCAAGGGCGUGGACGGCAAGACCUUUGAGGUCAUCAACCCCUCCGACGAGUCCGUCAUCUGCUCCGUCCAUGAAGCUACCGAGAAGGAUGUCGACAUUGCUGUCGCUGCUGCGCGGAAAGCCUUUGAGGGCCCGUGGAGGAAGGAGACUCCCGAGAACCGAGGAAAGCUCCUCGUAAAAUUGGCGGACCUGUUUGAGAAGAACAUUGACAUCCUCGCCGCGGCCGAGUCAUUGGACAAUGGCAAGGCCAUCACCAUGGCGAAGGGCGAUGUGGGCGCUUGCGCCGGUACCUUGAGGUAUUAUGGUGGUUGGUCAGACAAGAUCGAGGGUAAAGUUAUCGAGACAACGCAUGAUACCUUCAAUUAUACUCGCAAGGAGCCGAUUGGCGUUUGUGGUCAAAUUAUCCCCUGGAAUUUCCCUCUCCUUAUGUGGGCAUGGAAGAUUGGUCCCGCUGUCGCCUGUGGCAACACUGUCGUCAUGAAGACUGCUGAGCAGACUCCCCUCUCUGCCCUUAUCGCUUGCAACCUCGUGAAAGAGGCUGGCUUCCCCCCAGGUGUGAUCAACGUCAUCUCUGGUUUUGGUAAAGUCGCUGGAGCUGCCCUCUCUGCGCACAUGGAUGUUGACAAGAUUGCUUUCACUGGCUCUACCGUUGUCGGCCGCCAGGUCAUGAAGGCUGCUGCCGGCUCCAACCUGAAGAAGGUCACUCUCGAGCUCGGCGGUAAGAGCCCGAACAUUGUCUUCGACGACGCUGAUAUCGACAAUGCUAUCUCUUGGGUUAACUUCGGUAUCUACUUCAACCACGGCCAGUGCUGCUGUGCUGGAUCUCGUGUCUACGUCCAGGAGGGUAUCUACGACAAGUUCAUCCAGCGAUUCAAGGAGCGAGCGGCGAAGAAUGCUGUCGGUGACCCAUUCGACGAGACCACUUUCCAGGGUCCCCAAGUCUCGCAGGUUCAGUUUGACAGGAUCAUGAGCUACAUCGAGGCUGGUAAACAGGCCGGGGCCACCAUCGAGACCGGUGGCAAGCGCAAGGGCGACAAGGGCUUCUUCAUCGAACCCACCAUCUUCUCUAACGUCACCGAGGACAUGAAGAUCGUGCAAGAGGAAAUCUUUGGCCCUGUCUGCUCCAUCUCCAAGUUCAAGACCAAGGAAGAGGCCAUCGCCGUGGGCAACAACACGACCUACGGCCUCGCUGCCGCCGUCCACACCACCAACCUCAACACCGCCAUCGAGGUUUCCAACGCCCUCCGCGCAGGAACCGUCUGGGUCAACACGUACAAUGCCUUGCACCACCAGCUUCCGUUCGGUGGAUACAAGGAGUCUGGUAUUGGCCGUGAGCUGGGUGAGGCCGCGCUUGACAACUACACCCAGACGAAAACGGUGUCGAUUCGUCUUGGUGAUGCGCUUUUCGGUUAGACAAUGGAUGAGAUAUGUUAUCAUGUGCUACGAUAUGAAAUUGUGAAUUAAGAUACUCCCGUGAGGAGUAGAAGAAGAAGAAGCAGAAGCGAAAAGAAUGGAUGCAUGGAAAGUGCGAAGGUGAACCUGGAAACAAGGACAAUAUUCUCUCAUCGCAAUUGUAUAUAAUUAGCAGGCUUUGAUCGAGAAAUUGAAUUGAGUUGUAGUUGGC